CCAGGUGUGGCGUGGGUGGCGGCGGGGGGUGUGGCUCAGCAGGAUGGAGCCAGCCAGUCGCUUACGAUAUUACUUCAGGCACCCGUGGUCCCGCAUCGUGGUGGCCUACAUGGUCAUCUUCUUCAACUUCCUCAUCUUCGCCGAGGACCCCGUGUCGCACAGUCAGAAGGAGGCGCGCAUCGCCGUGGUGGGCAACUGCUUCUCCUUCCUUUUCAGCAACUACCCCGGAGCCGGAUGGAGCGUCCUCAAAGUGGUGUGCUGGAUGCUGGCCAUCUUCUCCGGCCUCCUGGCUGGAAAGUUUUUUUUUCACCAGCAGCUCUUUGGUCGAUACCUGCGCCUCAAAGCCUUCCACGAGGACCAUGGUUCCUGGAUGACUAUGUUCUUCACAACCAUCCUCUCCAUCUUCAUCUUCUCACACAUCUACAACCUCUUCCUGCUGAUGGCCGGGAGCAUGGAGUCUCACAUGGUGACGGACCAAAUGGGCAUCAAAAACACCAGCUUUAUGAAGAUGGCUGCCGUGGGCACCUGGAUGGGGGACUUUAGUACGGCGUGGAUGGUGACAGAUAUGAUGCUUCAGGAUAAUAACUACCCACACUGGGGGAAAGAUGCAAGAAGGUUCUGGAAGCAAGGCAACAAUAGGAUUGUCCUCUUCUGGACCGUGCUUAUCUUGCUGACGACAUUGGUGGUUUCAGCCAUCGCUACCGACUGGCUCUGCUGGGAUUGCCUCAACCGAGGCUUCCUGCCCAGCGAUGAGGUCUCCAGAGCCUUCCUGGCCUCCUUCAUUUUGGUCUUCGACCUCCUCAUUGUCAUGCAGGACUGGGAGUUCCCUCACUUCAUGGGCAACAUGGAUAUCAAAUUGCCAGGACUGCCAACAGCACAGUUGAAUUUCAAGCUUCCUGUCUGCAAAUAUAUCUUCAAAGAGGAGUACCGCAUUCACAUCACAGGUAAGUGGUUCAACUACGGCAUCAUCUUCCUGGUGCUGAUUUUGGACUUGAACAUGUGGAAGAACCAGAUCUUCUACCAGCCGUACGAGUACGGUCAGUACGUGGGGCCCGGCGAGUACAUCUUUAACGUGGAGAAAGCCGAAAGCCUCAGGACGUUGAACCGCAGCACGCUGACGUACGAGUGGCGCGCCAACAACGUGGACCCGAGCACCAAUCGCUCCUAUAAAGAGCAGGACCUGUGGCUGCACAGUCGCUACAUUGGGGCUAGCAUGGCGCUCAAGUGCCUGGCCUUCCUCCCCAGCCUGCUAACGUUCAUCAGCUUCGGUGGCUUCAUCUUGAUGCUGGGCCGAUUCUCCGACAGCGAGACCGAAAACCAAGACAAUAGCUACGAGAGGAUGAAGCGCAAGUCGUCAUGUGGCAAAGAGACGGCCGUCACCCCCGAGGAAGGUCAGGACGUCGACGAGUCCGACGGCCUCAAGCGCUCGGGAACGUCCGUACCGCUGCUGACGGAAGCCGAGGACGCCCCGGUGCCGCCCCCCGCCAGCGACACGGUGGAAGAGGCGCAUCCCAGCGCCGCCGGUGACCUCGAGGCCUCCGAGGAAUCGACCAUCUCUCACGAGAUCGCCUUCCUCAGGUGGCUCGGCAUUGAACGUGAAGCAGAGGAAACGGGCGUCUCUCAGGACGUCGCCCACGACCCGCUGUGACCUGCGAACCGUAUCGCGUUUCUACUGAUAGUUUCUUACAGCUCUCAUUUGAAACCAAAACCGGAUCUUUCCAAACUGCGGCCUGGUGGAUUUUUUGCAUUUCCAUUACUCGGUGUCUUAUAACGGAGGCCUUUUCCUUGCUCCCCACCGCUUCCAGGUCCAAUCAACAGUCGUGCCUUGACAAUCAUCCAAAUAUAAUGUCAGCCUUCUCCAUCAAAGUGGAGACACGCUUUUGCCUCGAUCCAAAGUGCCUACUUUUGGCCUUUUAUUUCGUUGGGAUAUUGUUCUUUAAAAUCUGCAACAUUUAUAUUCACUCAACUGCUUUCUGACAUUUUUCUUUUGACCCCCCCCUCCUCCCUUCAAGAUAAAAGACGAAUUUGCAUACAUUUGUGAAAAGCUCAUACAGAAAAGAGUCUUAAUUGAAUAACAGCCGUAUUACUCACAGACAUAAGUGCAGUAAUAGGAUUUGCCUUUGCAUUCAUCCAAAUUAUAAUUCACUCAAUGCAUGAUGCUGUAAUAUUCUCGAAUGUGUGUCAUUUUUAAAAGGAGGCAAACAGAAGAAUAAACCAAGAAAGAUUUAGGCACUUACAGGAAUAAUAACUGGGCUGCGGAGAGCACAAACGUGUGUGUGUGUGUGUGUGUGUGUAUGCACGGGAUGAAGAGGUGGCUGUAUUUGCCAUAAUAUUCUGGAAAACGCUCGGCUGUGUAAUUUAAACAUGAAACAUCACUAAGGAGAUUCGAGUAGUUAAUGUGGAAACGUCUCUUCCAGUUUGUGUCAUUUUUAUUCGAAGCGGACAAAAAAAAGUUGUCAUUGUUUGAAUGAAUUCAAAAUAAUCUGCUGAAGCAAUAAAUUUGUACAUUUA